UGUAGGUCCUGUGCCUUUGAGCUGCUCAAAGCGACUUUCCAAGAAAGGUGACAGCUGCAGCUCUCAGGUGGUGAUGGAGGAAUGCACUUCAGGAGAUGGUGGCAGUUGAGCAGGAGCUGCCAGCAGCAUCUUCCAUGGAGACAGCAGCCUGACUUCCUGCUACUCCCCCAAGAGAAGUCACUUGCUGGUAUCAUCCCAGAGUUUCUGAGAGGUUUAACUCCAGCAGAGGAGAGGGGGCAGUCCUGGAGUGUGCAGAAGAGAACUUCCUGACACAAGUGCUUUCUGCUGAGAGGAUCUGAAGGGCUGCUGAAGAGAGGGGAGAGGGGAAAAAAAAAAAAAGAAAACAGCCAAGCCAGUGGCAUCUCUGUGGAUGUGGAACAAGGGAGUCGCUCGGCUGGCGCAGAUUCCCGGGCUAAGUCGGGAGUUACAGCUGUUCCUGCGGAGCUCCACGGGCCGCGGGGACAGCGCCGGGGCACAGGCACAGACCGGGCUCGAGCUCUUCCCUCGUCCGGCUCACCUCAGCAUCACCAUGGAGCCCAACAGCCCCAAAAAAAUACAGUUUGCUGUGCCCCUGUUUCAGAGCCAAAUAGAUCCUGAGGCAGCUGAGCAGAUCAGGAAAAGAAGGCCUACGCCAGCAUCACUCGUCAUCAUGAACGAGCACAUGCCCCCAGAAAAGGAUGAGAAGAGAACAAAUAUCUCGCAGGCAGAGUCGCAGAGUGCCUCUCCCAAGCAGAGGAAGCAGAGCGUCUUCACCCCGCCUGCCCUCAAAGGGAUUAAGCAUCUGAAGAGUCAGAGUGAGUCAGUGUUUCCAGAAGAAGAAGAGGGACUUGGCGAGCGGGAAGAGGAGUGGGGCCAUUAGCCAGCGCGGAGCUGCCCCGAGCCCAGAGCCCCUGCCCUGCCCUCGGCCCGCCGUGUCCUGCCCCCCGCGGGGGCUCUGCAGGCACUGCACACGUGUCCUGGGGCCCUUCUUCCCCGAGACAAAACUGUUAUUUUAGUCAUUUUUUUCUUUUAUUUUCUAUGACUUAGAAAUGUCAUUUGCAAUUGUGUUAGCUCCCUGACGUCAGUACUGCCAGAGCUUAACUACUGCGUGUGAGCUGUAUCUAAGGCUUGUUGUAAAUAAAAGUGAUUUAAAAGGUACAAAAUAAAUAAUACAUUAAUUUAGACAAGAUUGUCUGUUGUACAGAGGGUUUGUCUUGCUACAGGGAAAUGUUCACAUAAAAUGAUCCUUUUGGUUAAGGACAGUUUUUACCCU